CUUUACCUGUUACCAUCGGUACUGUAAGUAACAGCUUACACAUACUGCUUUUAUAUAUUAUAUACACAUUCUGCUUUUUUAUUGAGGGCAGAAGUAAUGUCCAGAUCUGUCUGUCAAUGUGCAAUCCAAUUUUUUUUAUUCCGCUUAACAUGUAUUUUUGUACUACAAUAAAGUAAUACACGGUUUUAAACUAUGUUUACUUAUGAUGUCUUGUUAUCCAGUGGUUUGCACACCCGUUUUCAUGCCAUCUCUGCGGCCCCGUUCCGAUCCCAGGUCAAGUAAUUUGAGUUGACUGUCUUGGAACUUUCGGUGUUUCUGAUUCACUUAACAUUUGGGAUUAAUUAGACCAAUGUACCUAUGAGAUGUUCCAUAUAAUUAUGUUUGUGAUCAUUUAUUUUAUUAAGGUAUCUAUUAUUUUAUUUAUGUGCAGAGAAUGAUACGAGCAUUCGCACAAGCGUGAAGAUACGUAGGUUAAUCGAAUUAAGUAGGUAGUAUUUAGUCAUGUCAAUGUUCAAGGGUUUGUUGCAUGUCGUAUUUAUUAUUGCCUGAGAUACUAAAUAUACUUGUCACUUUUGGUUUUGCAUAAAAAUAUUGUGUUCGUGUAUAGUUUAAUUUCAUUCAGUUAGGAUUAACAUAUAUGUCCCCAAUUGCUGUAGGGUAGGCAUUAUUCUUAGUUAAGUUUAAGGGAGGUAGUACAUAGCGGAUUUUCCUCUCGAAUUCGAGUGCCCGUCUGGGGAAGUAACCUCCACCUUACGAAGAUCACAAUAAAAUAACACUACCUUAUCGGUGGUUUUGUGUUUGUGUGCUGUCGGUGACACAGUUUCCAGGGCUCCACGGAUUAGGGGAUGGAGCCAGGGUAGGCAACGGCGCGAGUAUUAUUUUUAGUAUCAAACGCGUCUAAAGGUCAUCAGGCGGGCCAUACACUUGAUAGCCACCCUUUUAGCAUUAAUAAAAUAUAAGAUUGUUGUUCUUCAAUAUUCACGUGAACGAAAUCGAAGACAGUAAUGUCAAAAGAGAAUGUAAAACACUCGCUUACUGAAGAUUAGAUUUUACUACUUAAAAAGCAUAUGAAACCUAUGUGCAAGCAUUGAGAUUCGUAUUAUUCUGUAAUUCCCUUGGCGCAAUUUAUUUUUAUAUUCUUUUUACAAAUAAUAAGGAAACAUAAAAUUUUACUUUAUUAUUAGCACAUUUCUCGAAUAGGCAUCACUUUUGGCCGACUGGUUCCAAAGAGAAAUUAAGUUACAUCUUGUGUAACAGGGGAAUCAAGAAAAGACAAGCAAGAAGGUAAUCAAAAUUUUAGUAAUAUGAAAAUUAAACAACCUUUUAUCCUUAAAUAAUAAUAAAAUAUACUAAAAGCUACAGAACACAACUUAAAAAAAAAAACUAAAGUUUUAGUAAAAUUGCUGUCGAGCACCCAAUGCUUUUUAUAUAAUAGUUUUUUAUACAUUUGAGCUCGAUAUGCUAUAAAUACGCGUUAAUAAGAAUUCAUACUAAUAUUUAAACAAAACAAAAUAGGAAAUCGUUGAUUACCUACCUUGGUGAAAUACCAAGGGGAUCAACACCAAUGGAAUCAAAAAAUUAGACGUUUUUAUCGAUUGUGCUAAAAGAAGCAUUUCUUUUACAUAUUGAAUAUAAUAAUAUAAAUAUAAACAAUGGUAACAUAAAGCUCUUGUGUUAACAUCAAACAAAAAUCUCAAAAAAUUAAUAGCAUUUUUAAAAAAGUUCAGGGUAAUUAACAGUCUUGUUAAACAAAACCAGGGGUAUCAAAUGUUUACCUCCUUAAUUUAAUUCUAGACCAAUGAUCAGCAUAGCACACCCCACUGAAGUGAAGUGUGAAGCACUACUAGAGUUCACGUAACAAAGUAAAAAGUAUUUUAACGCGCAAGUGGAAUCAUUGUUUAGCCCCGGACAGAAUUUACAUUCUAAUUCUAAAUAAAACUAUCUUUCAUAAAUCAACAACUAAUAUGCUAUAGCUUAAACCGCAUUAUAUACUUCAUUUCUGCUAAAAAGGUGGUGUUUUGCUCGUAGUUUGUCCACAAAAUGUGGAGCGGACGCGCCAGGGGAUGUCAAAUGUUUGUCCUUUAGGAUAUUUUUUUAUCAUUUCUACCCAAAUAAGACUCGAUCAUUAUCGUGACUUAGUUAGAUCAUACAUUAUAGUAGCAUAAAAAUUAUAUUGGAUGGUUUUAAUAUUACGGGACAGCGAAAAUUGAGCCUCUCUAACACAGAUUCCGACACGUGACGUCAUGAAACAGCAACAUCGACGCGACCCGAAUGCGUACGUUUCUAUGUCGUAAAAAGUGUUAUCAAAAUACAAUUGUGAUAAAGCCAAUACGAUGUACGAAGUUUGCCAUUAUAAUUUCAAUAGUUCAAUUGUCUUCCAUAAUGUGACACUUAUUGUGCUGCAAUAAAGGAACUUUUACUAUACUUAAAAUGUACCCUUUUUGGAGUUUACAUUAUAGAGAUAAUAAUAUUAUACCAUCGGUAAACAUUGUUUAAGUGAUGAAAUAUUUAUUGCGACACGAAUAUUUUUAAUGGGUUGAUUAUAUUUAUCGAACUGAAUCGAUAAAUUGGAUGUUAAUUAAUGUCACAUCUGUCACCGUGAAAAGUUAUUUAUUUAUAGUGUGUGUCGUUAAGUGUCCAUAAAAUGCGUUUCUUGACUGAGGCAAGGGCAAGGGCUUUACACCCGAAACCCGUGCACUGAGACUAUACUGGUUCCAAUUUCCAUUACCGCCUGAAAAGUGGAGUCGGUUAAUCAAUGAUCAUCAUAUCAUCAUCAUAAUCAGCCGAUGGUAUCCACUGCUGGACAUUAGCCUCCUCUAAGGAUUGACGAACAUUUCGUUCGUGCGCUUUCCGUAUCCAGUGGGUCCCCCGACUCGCUUGAUGUCGUCAGUCCACUUAUUGUGGGGUCUACCGACACUGCGCUUCCUAAUGCGAGGUUGCCAUUGAAGCACCUUGGGACCCCAGAGUCCAGCGGUCCUAAGCUAUAUAGAUCACUCUUCUACGGAUUUCCUCGUUCCUGAUUCAAUUAAUAAAUUAUAAAUUAAUGAUGAAAUAUGAUAAUUAUCUGUAUUAAGAUGAUCUGAAUAUAUACCUAUAUGUAUCUACCAACUCGAUUUUAUUUUUAUUAUUUCUCAAAGAUAAACUACAGAGAGGAGGUUUAAAGAUAUUCACCGUUAGCUCGAAUAGUGUAUGGUUUCUGUACUUCACGAGAUUCCUGUGGGGUGUAGGGACUGGCAUGGUUGUCACGAUCUCACCUAUCUACCUCGCUGAGAUAUCUGAAAAGGAAAUAAGAGGCUUACUGACACUCAGUUCUCGAUUUAUGUUCACGGUUGGCAACUUUCUCGUGAUGGUCAUUGGUUCAUAUGUUACGUACGACACUCUCAACUAUAUGCUGCUAGUGUUGCCUGUGAUGUUCUUCAUUGCUUGUUGGUUCAUCCCGGAGACUCCGUACUUCACGCUGAAGGAAGGGAAGGUGGACACUGCAAAAAGAAUCCUGAUGAAGUUAAGAAAAUACAAAGAUGAAAAGAAACUUGAAGAAGAUUUGGAGUCCAUGCAGAAAGAUGUCAAAAAGGAAACGCUGCGAUCGGGAUCUUUGAAGGAAUUAUUUACGGGAAGGCAGUACCGUAAGGCAGUUAUAAUAUGUACAGGUCUCAAACUAACACAGAUGCUGUCGGGGUCAAUCCUGAUCCUGCAUUAUCUCGGUCUCAUCAUGCAGGAUGGUAAAAUCGACAUGAAACUCACUACGGCGUUCACUAUAUUCGGUGGAGUUCGAAUUAUAUCGGGAAUCGUAUCAUCAUUGCUCGCUGAUCGAGUGGGUCGUCGGUCACUUCUCAUUAUGUCUUACCUGGGUACAGGAUGUGCUCUCGCCCUCACAGCAGCAUACUUCUACGUUUUCGAGGUCUUGAAGAUGGAUCAGGAUGUCAUCACUCCUUACGGCCAAGUCGCAUUUAUCGGAAUAAUCCUGGCAGUUAUCCUCUCAACGAUUGGCUUCAACUCUUUGAUAUACGUGAUACCAGCUGAAAUGUUCCCUAUGAAUGUUAAGUCAGUAGCUAUGACCGCACUAAACGUUUUCGGAGGACUAUCCAAUUUUGCUAUAAUAAAGUUGUUCUUGGAAUUACUGCAUCUAUUCGGACUUUUUGGAGUUUUCACAAUGUUCGCCACAAUCAGUCUCGUUGGAUGUGUGUUCUCCAUCUGUCUGGUGCCAGAAACAAAGGGCAAAAGCCUAAGAGAAAUUUUAGUAGCGCUACAAGGCACCGCGUAUGACGAGGCAGCUGAAAAUUUGAAUAAAGUAACUACAAUUGGAAUGAGUAUAAAUGAAAAUAACGAAUUAAUGGAACUUAAAAAUACAGAACAGAAUUAGGAUUAGAAUUUGUUUGGGCGUUGGUGUAACUUAUUAGAAUACUCAGUUUUACUUACAAUAGGUAGAGA